GAAAUCGAGGUCGUAAUACAAUUCAAAGAUACAUUUUUCUGACGGACGGGCUAUGUUCCUAAACUGUACAACGAAUUGGAUUCAACGAUAAAUUAUAUUUUCAAGUAAUACAAUUCAACGACAGAAAAUAGUCGAUCCUUUAACAAAAAAGGGCCCAGUUUUUGUGCUUGUUGCACUCUGCAUCAUCGACGCUUCAGUGAAAACAUAGAAACAAUCAUGGCAUCCCCUUUGGAGAACUUGGAAGCUCAGUUGGAACUCUUCAUCGAGAAUGUGCGGCAAAUACGUAUCAUAGUAAGCGAUUUCCAGCCUCAAGGGCAAAAUGUGCUUAAUCAGAAGAUUCAAGGGUUAGUCAGUGGCUUGCAGGAGGUUGAUAAGUUAAAAUCGCAAGUCCAGGAUGUUCAUGUACCAUUGGAAGUAUUCGAUUACAUUGACCAAGGGAGGAAUCCUCAAUUAUAUACCAAAGACUGCAUAGAGAAAGCUUUAACAAAGAACGAACAAGUAAAAGGCAAGAUCGAUGCUUACAGAAAAUUCAAAGCUAAUAUGUUGGUAGAGUUGAAUCGAGUUUUCCCGAACGAGUUAGCCAAGUACAGAGCAAUACGCGGAGAUGAAUAAAAUCAGGCAGAUUGUAAGGACCAAAGAGACGACUUUUCUCAUAUGCUGCCACAUGCAACUUAUUUGCAACUUCUGUCGUGAUUUUAUAACUCUAGUAUGAUCAUUGAUAAUUUUUUGUAUUAUUACCCAUAAAUAGUAUUAAAUGUUUUGUUCUUGUACAUACUUUUUAAGUAUAAAUAUGCUAUAUUUUCUAUAAAUUAAAUAAAUUCAUUGGAUUUUCUGGAAAGUCUGUGCAGAUUUCUCGAUAAAUAACAUUUAAAUGCAAAUUUUUAGGCUUGUGAUGCGUCAAAUGUGUAUGUUUUGAUGAGUGACAUUUCGACACACAUAUGUUACAGAUUAAAAUGAUUUUAAACUAAGAAACUUUUUUAUUUGAAUUUUGCUCGAAGAUUCGUACAGACUUUCCGGACAACACAGUACAUCGAGACACAAUGCUGCAGAAAUUUUUGCAUUCUUAUUCCUUCUUCGUACAACUGUACGUAAGUUAAGAACCGACACUUGCGCAAAUUUCGUCAUGCUGUAUUGUGUUGAAACAUCCGUAUGACAUGAAUAUAAUGCGAAUACAAAAUUGUAUUGCAGAAGUCAUGCGUAUUAAUUGAUCCGUAAAAAGAUGUGAUUAUGAUGAGCAGUUCGAAUGGUAUCGUUGAGGUGAUGAAUAAUUAAAAUUAUUUUAUGAUCUCCGAUUUUUUAUUGUUCAAGUUACUAAGUAACUUGGUUUAUUGUAAAAAAAUAUAUCGUUUUUCAAUUCGAAAAAUA